GCGGCCAGCUGAGCGUCACUUACAAACUUGAGUGGACCUCUGGAGCAGGAACACUUCUUCACUUCCUCAGAGUCGAGAGAGAGAAAGAGCAGAGAAGAAGGAGGAGGAGGAGAAGAAGAAGAAGAAGAAGAAGAAGGAGGCAAAGAUCAACUCUGCAGCUGUCUCGGGACACUCAGUGAAAGGACGUUUAUCACAAGCCGGCCGCCGACAUGAGCAGCAGCAAGAAGAUGGAGGACGAGGCCGUGCUGGACCGGGGGGCGUCCUUGGUCAAGCACAUCUGCGAUCAGGAGGAGGUCGAAGGUCAUCACACCGUUUACAUCGGUGUGAGAGUGCCCAAGAGCUAUCGCCGUCGGAGGCGUCACCGCCGGCGGCCCACCAGCGGCCAGAAGGACAGGAAGGCGGAGGGGACGUCUGACAAGUCGGACAACGAGGAAGUCGGCAACAGCAUCCUCAAGCCCCUCGUCUCGCCGGCGGCUGAGAGGAUCCGCUUCAUCCUCGGGGAGGAGGAUGACGGCCCGGCGCCCCCCCAGCUCUUCACCGAGCUGGACGAGCUGCUGUCGGUGGACGGGCAGGAGAUGGAGUGGAAGGAGACGGCCAGGUGGAUCAAGUUUGAGGAGAAGGUGGAGAAAGGCGGCGAGCGCUGGAGCAAACCCCACGUGGCCACCUUGUCCCUGCACAGCCUGUUUGAGCUGCGAACGUGCAUCGAGAAAGGCACCAUCAUGCUGGACAUGGACGCGUCCACUCUUCCUCAGGUCGUAGAGAUGAUCACUGACAACCAGAUUGAGAGCGGCCAGCUGAAGGCCGAGCUGAAGGACAAGGUGAUGUACACGUUGCUACGGAAACACCGCCACCAGACCAAGAAGUCCAACCUGCGCUCGCUGGCCGACAUCGGCAAGACGGUCUCCAGCGCAAGUAGGCUGUUUUCCAACCAGGAGAACGCUCGAAGUCCUCUGGAGAACUCAGUGACUUGCCUGUCGAGUCACGUCUCAUUGGAGGACUUGCAGAGCCAAAGGAGCGCCAGCAUGGACUGGCUCAACAGCCCCACCACCACCCACCGUAAUCUGACCUCCAGCAGCCUCAACGACAUUUCUGACAAGCCGGAGAAAGACCAGCUGAGGAACAAGUUCAUGAAGAAAUUGCCCAGAGACGCCGAGGCCUCCAACGUGCUGGUGGGCGAGGUGGACUUCCUGGACACUCCCUUUGUGGCUUUUGUACGUCUGCAGCAGGCCGUCAUGUUAGGAGCCUUGACCGAGGUUCCUGUUCCCACAAGGUUUUUAUUUAUCCUGCUUGGACCCAAAGGUAAAGCCAAGUCGUACCACGAGAUUGGACGAGCCAUCGCUACACUCAUGUCUGACGAGGUCUUCCAUGACAUCGCCUACAAGGCCAGAAGCCGCCAGGACCUGCUGGCCGGCAUCGACGAGUUCUUGGAUGAGGUGAUUGUGCUCCCCCCUGGCGAGUGGGACCCCGCCAUCAGGAUAGAGCCUCCCAAGACGCUGCCAUCCUCUGACAAAAGGAAAAACAUGUACGCGGGCGGAGACUCUCAGAUGAACGGCGACGCGCCUCAUGAUGGAGGUCACGGAGGAGGCGGACACGCUGUGGGGGAGGAGCUGGAGAAGACGGGAAGGUUUUGCGGCGGCCUCCUGCUGGACAUCAAGAGAAAAGCGCCUUUCUUUCUGAGCGACAUCACCGACGCCUUCCACAUCCAGGCCCUGUCGGCCAUUUUGUUUAUUUACCUGGGUACCGUGACCAAUGCCAUCACCUUUGGGGGCCUGCUGGGGGACGCCACAGAGAACAUGCAGGGCGUGCUGGAGAGCUUCCUGGGAACCGCCAUUGCUGGCGGCGUCUUCUGUCUGCUGGCAGGCCAGCCGCUCACCAUCCUCAGCAGCACCGGGCCCGUUCUCGUCUUCGAACGGCUGCUCUUCAACUUCAGCAAAGACAACGACUUUGACUACCUGGAGUUCCGUCUGUGGAUCGGCCUGUGGUCGGCGUUCUUCUGCCUGGUCCUGGUGGCCACCGACGCCAGCUUCCUGGUCAAGUACUUCACCCGCUUCACGGAGGAGGGCUUCUCUUGCCUCAUCAGCUUCAUCUUCAUCUACGACGCCUUCAAGAAGAUGAUCAAGCUGGCACACCACUUCCCCAUCAACUCCGACUUCCGGAUGGAGCGUGUCACGCAGUACGACUGCCUCUGCAUGGCGCCCACCGUCCUCGAAAACAACUCGGACUUCAGCGGCGACCCCUUAGAAGGAACCUCCAUCUGGUUCUGGAACAACACCGAUCUGCCCAUGAACGCCACGUGGUCGUCGCUCACUAGAUCCGAGUGCUUGAAGUACAAGGGCGAGCUGGUGGGCAAGGCGUGCGACUUCGUCCCGGACAUCACGCUCAUGUCCUUCAUCCUCUUCUUCGGCACCUAUAGCUGCUCCAUGGCGCUGAAGAAGUUCAAGUUCAGCCCCUUCUUCCCCACCACCGUCAGGAAACUCAUCAGUGACUUCGCCAUCAUCCUGACGAUUCUUAUCUUCUGUGGCGUGGACGUGCUGGUCGGCGUGGACACGCCCAAACUCAUCGUGCCAACUGAAUUCAAGCCGACCAGCCCCCUGCGAGGCUGGUUCGUGCCCCCGUUCGGUGGGAAUCCCUGGUGGGUGUACUUGGCCUCGGGCCUGCCCGCCCUGCUGGUCACCAUCCUGAUCUUCAUGGACCAGCAGAUCACAGCCGUCAUCGUCAACAGGAAGGAGCACAAACUGAAGAAAGGGGCGGGCUACCACCUGGAUCUGUUCUGGGUGGCGGUCCUCAUGGUGGUGUGCUCCUUCAUGGGUCUGCCGUGGUACGUGGCGGCCACCGUCAUCUCCAUCGCUCACAUCGACAGCUUGAAGAUGGAGACGGAGACGUCGGCUCCCGGGGAGCAGCCCAAGUUCCUGGGUGUCAGAGAGCAGAGGGUGACGGGCGUGUGUGUGUUCAUGCUCACUGGACUGUCUGUCUUCAUGGCUCCCAUUUUAAAGUUCAUCCCCAUGCCGGUGCUGUAUGGAGUCUUCCUCUACAUGGGGGUGGCCUCUCUCAACGGAGUGCAGUUCAUGGAUCGCCUCAAGCUGCUGUUGAUGCCGGCCAAGCAUCAACCCGACCUGAUUUACCUGCGACACGUUCCCCUUAGGAAGGUGCACCUGUUCACCUUCAUCCAGGUGCUCUGCCUGGCCCUGCUUUGGAUCCUCAAGUCCACCGUGGCCGCCAUCAUCUUCCCCGUCAUGAUCCUGGCGCUGGUGGCCGUGAGGAAGGCCAUGGACUACAUGUUCACGCAGCACGACCUCGGCUUCCUGGAUGACGUCAUCCCUGAGAAGGACAAGAAGAAGAAGGAGGACGAGAAGAAGAAGAAACGCAGCAGCAUCGACAGCGACGCCGAGGAUUCAGACUAUCCUUACAAUGAGAAUGUCCCCAGCAUUAAAAUCCCCAUGGACAUGAUGGAACAGGAACCCUUCUUAGGUGACAAGGCCUCAGACCCGGAGAAGUCCGCUUCAUUGCUUGAGCGACACACCUCGUGCUGAGCAGCUUCGCUACUACCAGGCCAACUGCUUGUCCAGCCCUGAGAUGAGUCCUCUGAAGCCUGUGCCUCAGAUUAGAAUCGACAUGGACCCGGACGACGCUCAUCCCUUCUACUGGAGGAGCCGAGGAUCCGAAACGUCUCUGUAGGUCCGCCAAGUCACGUCGGCGGCCCCCCCCCCCGGGCUAAUCCAGCGUGAGACCACUAUAUUUUCUUGUUGUUUUUUCAAGUCAAAAGUAAAUCAAGCAAGCAACGCCGAUGAACUCUUUUUCUUCUUCUACGCAAGUCAACUUCCAGCACCAUUCCCUCCACGCAUGGAGUCUUUUUAUAUCCACAUCAGUAAUCCUGCAUCUCCACUUUCUACGCUCAAAUCUUCGGAAGGUUUUUCCUGUAGCAGGAAAAAACACGCUACCUCUUUUAGCGCGACGUGUUCCAUCCACUCGCCAUGUUGUUGAUAGCGAACACAUUAACCCUUCAUCCAUGGGCAGGACGGUUUUCACUUUUGAUUCGCUUCUAAUCGGCUUCUGUUACUCGUUAAAAUUCUAUCAGACUUUUUGUUUGUUCUGAAAGAAGAAAUGAUUCUAUUUUGGUUUGAGUGUGUGUGUGUGUGUACGUUUUUCUUACUUUCUAUGAUUUUUUGCCGCAGUACGUCUGAUUUUCCUCACACUUUAGAUGAAACAGGAUGUUACCGAAGUGGCUUACAGAUGGAAGCCCGUUCCUCCCGCUGAAAGAAAUUAAAUAUCCCGAUGGUAACUCAGAAUUAUGGGAGAAAAAAGUAGAAAUGAUGAGAAAAAAGGUCAAAAUUAAGAUAAAAUGUCCAAAUUGGGGCAUAAAAAGUCAUAAAAAGAUUGGAAAGUCAUAAUUAUAAAAUAAAAAGUCAAAAUGACAAGAUAAAAUGUCAUAAUAAUGAAAUGAAAGUUAAAAUUAUGAGAUAAAAAGUCGUAACUCGGAGAUGAAAAAGUCGAAAUGACGACAUAAAAAGUCAUAAUUACGAGACUGGAGAGUCGUAAUUCUGAAAUAAAUUCACGAGAUAAAAAAAUAAAAAUUACAAGAUUAAAACUAAUCAUGAGAUAAAAAGUUGAAAUUAGUAAUUAUUAGUAAGAAUUUAAAUUAUGGUGUAAAAAGCCACAAUUAAAAAUCAAUCACUAUGAAACAAAAAUUGCAAAUUACGGGAUAAAAAGUCAAAGGUACGAGAAAAAAAAAAUCUAAAUGAUGAGAUAAAGUGAAAAUUAUGACAUAAAAAAAUCCCAAAUGUGAGACUGGAAAGUCGUAGUUCUGAAAUAAUGAGUCAAAAUUACGAGAUAAAAGCUCAUAAUGCGACACAAAAAGUUGAAAUUAUUAAUUGAAAAAAAACAAAAUAAAAAUAAAAAAUAAAAAUUACAAGAUUAAAACUAAUCACGAGAUAAAAAGUUGAAAUUAGUAAAUUAUUAUUAGUAAGAAUUGAAAUUAUGACAUAAAAAGCCACAAUUACAAGAUAAAAAUCAAUCACUAUGAAACAAAAAAAAAAACAAAAAGUGAAAAUUAUGACCCAAUGUGAGACUGGAAAGUCGUAGUUCUGAAAUAAUAAGUUAAAAUUCCGAGAUAAAAGUUCAUAAUGAUGACACAAAAAGUUGAAAUUAUUAAAUGAAAAAUCUAAAUUAAACUCCGAGAUAAGAAGGUGUAUUUCAUUCAUUUUCUACCGCUUUUUCCUCACGAGGGUCGCGGGGGUGCUGGAGCCUAUCCCAGCUGUCUUCGGGCGAGAGGCGGGGUACACCCUGGACUGGUCGCCAGCCAAUCACAGGGCACAUAUAGACAAACAACCAUUCACACUCACAUUCAUACCUAUGGACAAUUUGGAGUCACCAAUUAACCUAGCAUGUUUUUGGAAUGUGGGAGGAAACCGGAGUACCCGGAGAAAACCCACGCAUGCACGGGGAGAACAUGCAAACUCCACACAGAGAUGCCCAAGGGUGGAACCGAAGAAGGUGUAUUUAUGAGAUUAAAAUCUAAAUGAUGAGUCAAAAUGAUCACAUAAAAAAAUCAUAAUUAUGAGACUGCAAAGUCAUAAUUCUGAAAUAAAUUCAGAGAAAAGUCCUAAUUAUGAGACUGGAAAGUCAGAUUUAUGAAAUAAAAACUGAAAAUGACGAGCUAAAAACUCAUCAUUAUGACAUAAAAAGUCUGAAUUAUGUGAUAAAAAUCAAAAUGACGAGAUAAAACCUGACACUGAUGCCUUGGUCAUAUGGCCCUCGGCGCAUCAUUGGAUAUUUGAUCUCAUAAUUACGACUUUCUAUUUGUAAUUUAGACUUUUGGGAUAUUUGAUUCUUUCAGUGGCGGAAAGGGGCUUGCGUCCUCAUUGGAGGCUCAUUGGUAUCCUAAAGGGUUUAAGAGCCGUACAGUUGAAAUACUUGUCGUCAGAUGCUUGAAAUGGUUUUGACCAUCAUUAUUAUUGAUCUGUUAUCGGGUUUUCACCUCUUAUAAAACAUUUGAUCAAAACAGUAUUUUAUUAUAUGUGGGAAAAAACACCGUUUUGUACUUCUAACCACCAAAUUUAGGCCCAAUUUUUUUUUUAAUAUCUAAUUUCAGGGCGUCUCAAUUACUCAAAAACACAUCAAUUGUAGUCCUUUUUCAACCCCCCUCCCUCAGCACAAAUCUAGCUUAUUAUUAGAUAAUAUUUGAUUUUAGAGGCUUGGAUAAAUGAAUGAUUUCAUCUGGUUAGCUUAGCAUCAAGACCUGAAAUGUUGCCAAUUGCGUCAGUAAGAUUUGCUGUACUUUCAAAGCGCUGCUAGCAGAGGUCGUGUUCCUCCCUGCUGCCCCGUUUCUCAUCCACAUGCUAAGCAAACAUGCGGCUAACCUCAUGACUGCCUCACUGUCCAUAGAACGGCCAACAACAUUUUGCCAUUACGACUUCUCCGGAAUGUCGGAAGCUGAUUUUACGCCAACCUUGAACUCUCUCGUAAAGCAAAGUGCCCUCUGUUGCUAAUUUAGGCAACGCUCUACCAGAUUUCACUGAUUUGACAUCCCCAGGGGGACGCUAGAAAAUUCCAGGGCUAAUUUCAAGUUAUAAAACUCCCAAAAUAUGACAUCAUAACAAAGUAGUUUUGGUACCUGUAAAGAGAAGCGUCCUGUGUCACUAAUUUGGGCCACAAUCUGACAUCUCUGGAGCGACUGUAAACAAUUAAUUUUGUCAUUAAACUCGCCAAAUAUCUAAACUGAAUAACAGUGUAACACAUAAACCUAUUUUAAGUAACUUUGUCCUGUGCCUCUAAUUUAGGCGACACUCUAUACUCACUCUCCAUGAUAAUACUGAUUGAUUUAUAAGGUAUUUUUUUGUCAUGUAACUCUCCAAAAGGUCAAAAGUCGAAAAACAAAACUAUAAAAACCUGUUGCUUUGUUUCCCAUGAAGAUAAGUGUCCUGUGCCUGUAGUUUUGGUGACACCAAAAUGAUCAGAUGUUUCAGAAUAAUACAACUCUAUCCCUGUAACUCCUGAAAUGCAGUGACCCAUGUCCCUAAUUUAGGCGACACUCCAAACCAAAACCAUAAAGGUAACAUCUCCAGAGCGAUACUAAACUAUUUGACGGCUAUCUUUUAGUCUCAAGUUACAAAUAUCAGAUGUUUAAGAUGACUUAAACAUUGGUCCCCGUAAAAGAAAAGUGGCCUGCGUCCCUAAUUUAGGCGACACUCUACCAAAUGUCCUAAAUAUAACAUCUCCAGAGCGACACUAAACUAUUUGACGGCUAUCUUUUGGUCUCAAAUUACAAAUAUCAGAUGUUUAAGAUGACUUAAACAUUGGUCCCCGUAAAAGAAAAGUGGCCUGUGUCUCUAAUCUAGACGACACUCUACCAAAUCUCAGAAAUGUAACAUCUCCAGAGCGACACUAAACUAUUUGACGGCUAUCUUUUAGUCUCAAGUUACAAAUAUCAGAUGUUUAAGAUGACUUAAACAUUGGUCCCCGUAAAAGAAAAGUGGCCUGCGUCCCUAAUUUAGG